AUGUGCUUGAGUAAGUCUCUCACUGCCCCGAUCGACCAGUUCAUACAAUACGGACACACGAAACGUGUAACCGUGAAAGAGUUUCAGAAUCGAAUUUCCCAUGUCGAAAAAUCCGGUCCGGAACCGACCGGUGCCGGUUUUUUCCGAAUAUUUCAUGGAAGCAAGAUUCCAGAUCGGAUUCAACCGGAUGAAAUCCGUCCGGUUCCAGCACUACCCAAACGGAAAAGUAAGGAAUCCCACCAAAAACUUCCGACGAACCAUGACCUGUCGGAACCUACCAAAACCGAACCAAUCCGACAAAAUCAUGCAACACACAUAUCCAGUCCCAAUAAGACGCAUAUUCACAUACUACCCAAAACCCACUACAAAAUCCUGCCCAUAUCCAUUCUGCCAACAGCAAGCAGACGAACUCAAAGCAGCCUUCAAUGCAUUGCGCAGCGGAUUGCAGGAUUGCCAGUGGAUUGCAGGAUUGCACAGUGGAUUGCAGGAUUGCAAUCGGAUUGUAAUACAUCCAAAUGA